AUGUCGCUGUCACCAAGUAAACCGUCGCCUCAAAAGUCAGCUCCUAGCACCACCUUGUCGUCUUCUUCACGGGUUAUCGACUCAUUGCAGUCUACAAUCGACAAAUUAACUGAUGAAAUAACGACUUUAAAACAAUCUAAUCAAGAGACUACCAAGAAGAACCAAAUACUAAGUCAACGAAAUGAAUCAUUUGUUGACCAAGUGGCUAAUUUAAAACAUGAAAAUGAAAUGUUGAAUGCCAUGUUGAAACGUAAAGAUCGUCGAAUUGCUGAUUUAGAAGAUCAGCAUAAUGAACUUUCGAGCUCAAUUGAAUCAAUCAAUUUCCUGAAUAAACAAAUGAAGAUGAGAUGUGAAAAUUUAGCAACCAAUAAUGAUAAAACAAUGGCUGAAUAUGAAAGUUUGAAAAUAUCAUAUGAUGCUUUAGUUACUAGUUGCAAUGAGUAUAAACAACAUUACAAGAAGGAAAUUGAAACCAUUAGUGCCAAUUUUGAAGAGUACAAGAGUUCCAAUAUGGUUAAAUGGCUGGAAUUACAAAAACUGAUUACUAGUAAUGAUAAAGAUAUUGAUACAUUGUUGGAUUCUUUGGGGAACAAAAAGAAGUCAAUGGAUAACAUCUAUGUUCACAAGAAUACCAAAAUUUUACAAAUUCUCACAACUUUGGCCAAUUUGGUAAAGACACAUGGUCAAGAAAGUAAACAAAUACUUGGUGAUUGUUCGGAAACAAUUGACUAUUUAUUAAACAAGUAUCCCGAUUUGAGUGAAAAAUUAACCAAACAUGAACAAGUUGAGUCAAUUGAUAUAAAUUCAAUCCUUACUGAGUCAAGAGAAACUUUGAAUAAUGUGUCGUUUGAUGAUGAAGAAGUAACAUUGAUACAGUCACCUGAUUUGGAAAAUGGACCUGCUGCUAACAAUAACACUUCCUUGACCAAAUCUGCUUCAAUAAGACGCAAGUCAAGGAAAAAUGGCGCAAACUCAAACAAUUCAUCUGCGGCUUCAUCACCAAACUUGCCUCAAUCAGCACAACAUAGUCAACACAAUCAACAUAAUCAACACAAUCAACAUAGUCAACAUAUACCUUCCUCACGAAAUGAUACCCAUUCUAAUGCAACCUCACAUCACCAAACAACAUACCAACACCCACACUCACACUCGCGUUCGCAGUCACAAUCACAAUCACAGUCACAACUGGAGCUGAGAAAACCUGUGGUUAAUAAUAACCUCAUAAACAUCAAUAAACCAAGAAACAAAAAUGGUAUAAAGGGCAGUGGUGACGCUCCCACGUCCAAUGGUGAUCGCAAUACCAGUAUUGGCAAUACUGAAAAGUCAACUAGGAGAAGAUCAGGCUUUUAUGGCAAUCCCAACAAGGUCAGCAAUGGGAGUUCUCAUAAACAUAAACGAAACUCGCAAAUAAUAGAUCACACCGUAUAG